UAUGAGAAUUUUUUCUCCGGGUAUCGGGAAACUGGAAAAGUUUUGUUGCCUUCUUCAAAUGAAACCUAAUUACAAACCGGUAUUUUUUAAACCUCGACCAGUACCAUUUGCUUUAAAAGAAAGAAUAGAAACUGAACUUAAGAGGUUAGUUGCAGAAGACAUCAUUGAGCCGGUAACAUAUAGUGAGUGGGCUACACCAAUUGUUCCUGUUAUCAAACAGAAUGGGAACCUACGAAUCUGUGGUGAUUAUAAGGUGACUAUCAACCCGGGACUAAAAAUUGAGCAAUAUCCUUUACCCCGUAUCGAGGACAUUUUUGCUGAAUUGUCAGGAGGGGAGUUCUUUACUAAAAUCGACUUAUCUGAGGCAUACCUUCAAAUGUUAAUUGAUGAGCGGGACCGACAUCUAUUGACGGUCAAUACUCACAAGGGUUUGUUCCGUUACAAGAGAAUGAAUUAUGGUAUAGCCUUAGCUCCGGCAGUGUGGCAGAGAGCCAUUGAACAAGUUUUAUCAGGGAUCGCGGGGGUACACGUAUUUUUAGACGAUAUUACCGUAACGGGGAGAAAUGAUCAAGAGCAUUUUGAAAGGUUAGAAUUAGUACUACAGAGACUAGAAGAAUAUGGUCUCAGAGUAAAUAAGCGGAAAAGUGAAUUUUUUAAGAAAUCUGUGAAUUAUUGUGGUCAUACAAUUGAUAAAUUCGGCCUCCACAAAACACAAGAAAAAAUCGAUGCAAUUACGAAGGUACCAGUUCCAAAAACUGUAUCUGAUUUGAAGAGUUUUUUGGGUUUAGUCAAUUACUACGGAAAAUUUAUUCCCAACUUAUCUACUCGUGUCGCUCCUUUCAAUAAUUUACUGCAGAAAGGUACUAAAUUUUUGUGGACUGCAGAAUAUGAAAAAGCUUUCAAGGCAUUGAAACAAGAAAUUGCUUCAGACCGAAUUUUAUGCCAUUAUGAUCCUAAGUUACCUCUUGUAUUACAAACGGAUGCAUCACCAGUUGGAAUAGGAGCAGCUUUAAGUCACAUUAUGCCAGAUGGUUCGGAAAAACCAGCCAUGUUUGCAUCAAGGUCAUUGACUAAAACGGAAGGUAAUUAUUCGCAGAUAGACAAGGAAGCAUUGAGUAUCGUAUGGGGAGUAAAGGGAUUUUAUCAAUAUUUAUUUGGUCGACAUUUUGAUCUCGUAACCGAUCAUAAACCCCUAGUAUCAAUUUUCGCAUCUAAUUGUAGUUUACGAUGUUUAUCUGCAACACGAAUGGUUCAUUAUGCACUUUUUCUCCAAGCAUUCAGUUAUACAAUCAAGUAUCGAAACACAAAGAAUCAUGGCAAUGUCGAUGCACUUUCACGUUUACCACUAGCAGUUGACAAGGACUGUGAGUACUUGACUGAAGCAGACGUGACAAAUAUUUCGAAAGUUGAAUUAGUGCCUGUUACAGCAACUGACAUAGCUAGAGCUACUAAAACUGAUAGGAAAUUGUUCGAACUGUAUGAAAGUUUAAAAUCUGGAACUGAAUUACCUGUGCCUUGGAAAGGUAGAGAAUCUGAAUUUUCAUUGCAAAAUGGUUGGAUAAUGUAUGGUCAUAGAGUAUGCAUUCCUGAAAAGUACCAGAAUCAAGUUUUGGAAGAACUUCAUGUUGGACAUCCUGGAAUUGUCAAAAUGAAGGCCUUAGCUAGAAGCUACUGCUAUUGGCAAGGUAUUGAUGCCAGUAUAGCCAAUUUUGUUCAGAACUGUUCAGUUUGUAUCGCAACGAGGAACGAACCAGCAAGGAUAAAUCGACAUCCGUUUGAAUGGCCAAAUGGACCUUGGCAAAGGAUACACGUUGACUAUGCUGGUCCUUUUAUGGGGAAAAUGUUUUUUGUAGUCUCUGAUGCAUAUUCGAAGUGGAUAGAAGUCAUUCCGAUGAAAAAUAUUACAGCUAGUUUUACAAUUCAUCAUCUUCGUAUCCUUUUUACUCAUUAUGGAAUUCCCUUAACUUUGUUUAGUGAUAACGGCGCAAGUUUUACUAGUUACGAAUUUCGACAUUUUUUGAAACUGAAUAAUAUUAAACAUAUAACUUCAGCACCUUACCAUCCUGCUACGAACGGACAGGCAGAAAGAAUAGUGCAAUUGUUCAAAGCUUCGUUGAAAUCGAGUAGAAGUGAUUCUGGAGAUCUAAAUGUGAAAUUACAAAGAUUUUUAUUACAGUAUAGAAUAACUCCACAUUCCCUCACGGGAGAAACUCCGAGUGCCUUGUUUUUGAAGAGAUGUAUUCGCACUAGGCUUGAUCUUUUUAAACCAAAUUUGAGAGACAAAGUUGUUCAGAAACAGAGUUCGAGACUUGACACAGAAUCUAUCUUGCGUGAGUUUCAGGAAGGGGAGAAAGUAGCCGUAAGAAAUUAUUCCGGACCUAACAAAUGGAAAAUUGGAACAAUUAUAAACCGAGAUGGAACUUUGAGUUAUAGCAUACAAGUUGGAACUGAAAUUUGGAAGAGACACGUAGAUCAAAUAAGGAAAUGUGGGAAGUCGAUUGGAUUAUCCCAAGCUGCUACUGAAAUUCCAAUUUACGAUAAAGAAUUGAAUUUUCCAGAUGAGCCAGUAUCCGAUGAUGUUGCUGAAUCGGAACCGCCUGCACCUGUACCUGAAGUUGUCCCGGAACCUAAGGAUGUACCUGUAUCUGCCACUCCAAGUGAUGAUAUGCCACCUAGCCCUGUACCAGAGCUUCCGGAAAGACGAAAACUGAUGUGCCACUCCGACGCUCAAACCGAAUCAGGAGACCUCCAGAGAGACUCCACCUGUGACUCUAUAUUUUGUCGGGGAGGAACUGUUAUGUAUCUGGCAACGGCCAGAUUAGAAAAAGGAACUGUUAUGUAUCUGGCAACAGCCAGAUUAGAGAACCUUCCAGGCUGUGACGUGCGCGUGUUUUUUUUACUUUUUUGAGUUCCGUAGUUCUUCGUAUUGUACUUGUUCGGUGUAGUUGUUGUUAUGCUUGUUCGUGCCUGUGCAUCUUAAUACUAAUAAAUGUUCUUUGCGUGUAUGUAAAACGAAUCGUAUCGUCUCUCGGUCUACCUGGCAUACAUGACAGAAACAGUGAAGAGACUUGGUAUUUUUAAUUACAUUUUAUUCUAUUCCGAGUGGCAGGCAUGAUUAUAUACAAGAAAACGUAGUGUAGCAGAAAGCAGAAGUAAGAAGAGCGAAAAAAGGGACAAACAGAUGAUGACUUGCCUUAUAUAACAUAGGAUUUCCGGCCAUGCGCCGCUGGAGUGACCUUAGACAAGGGCAAAAGUAUCACUUUCAUUUGAUAGUAGUACUGAUGGCGCAUUAUUUUUACAAAGGGAUUAAUUAAACCGAAAGUGGAAUUGGAUCAUGAAAUAAGGGAAUAUUUUAGAAUGAAGUUACUAUGGGCUAAAUUAAGAUAAAGCCUUGGAAAUUAAUUAAAUUGAAAUUAGAAUUAAAAUAUCAUUACAUAUGUAUAAACUAAUCUAAAUUAAUAAUAGCAUUCAAUCAAAACUAUAAGCAAUUGAUAUACAAAUUCAAGUUCUCCAUCUUGGUUGACAACCUUUGAGAUAUGGUGGGUCAGUUUUAUUCCACUUUCUUCAAUUUUAAUAAUUGAUAAGGUGAUUGCAUUUUGAUGAUUGAAUUUGUUUUGAAUAUAUUUAUUGAAUUUUAAACAUUUCUUUUGCAGCAAAUAUUUAUUUAGAAAAUCGUUUUCUUGCAUUACAAAGAAUUUCAUCUGUAAAGUCAUGAACUUAAAAGAAUUUUUAGGACAUUCUAAUUUUCAAUGGUAUUGUAAUUUUUUAAAAGAAGAGAGCGAGAGAAAGGUACCCUGCAUCAAAAUAAUUUUCGAUUAAAAUAAUAAGAACAAUUUAUAUAUACAUUAACAUUUGGGUGAAUCGGGUACUCGCUUACAAUCCAUCAGAGUUAAAGUUUGAUUAUAUUGUAUGAAAUUUAAGAAGUAGUUGUAUUAAUAAUAAAAUAACUAAUAAGAAACUGUAUAAUGCCAAUUUCUUUAAAUUUCUAAAGAAUAUUAAUUUGUAAAUAAUUUUUACACUCCUGUCCUAAUAG